AUGUCUGAAGAAGGCCUUGAGCAAAAGAAGCUAGAAGGCUUUGAGGAGAAUGGCUCUAAUGAGAGCGCAGGGUCUAAAGAAGACACCAAGAACGCCAAGAAAAGAAUGCUUUCGAUCAACGACGAGAACAAAAACGGGUCUAAGCAGAUUAAAAUGAAUCCGUACUACAAGAAGGAUGUUGAGAUUUCUACGAUCCAGGAUGCUUCUGAGAAAGACAGCAAAAACAAUAUGUUGAAGCAGGCUAUACACAAGAGAGAUCUAUCAUACAUCAAUGAGUUUUUGGUAAGAAAGGACAGGGCGUCGAUGCUAAAGACAUUGUCUUGCGACGAUAAGGAGGUGUUGGGAGAGAUGCUUCUUGAAUUCGUGGACCAACCCGUACGGAGUGAGGCAUUGGAGAUGAUGAGAGAGAUUGUCACAAGCAUAAGAGAUGUUGGGGUGUUCAUUGAUAGGCUGAAAGAAAGAGCUGUUGACUUUUCGAAGCUGAUUUAUUUGAAAGGCAAGAUCGACUACUUGAGAUUUACGAUUGGAGGCCAAGAGGAGAAGGAGCCUGAGAUGUCUGUCAGGGGAUGA